GUGGUUGGCUCUCCCGGCUGGCACGGAGUCGCUCGGUUGUUGUUCUGAUCAAAGAUGGCUGCUGUUGUCACGGAUGGAGAAUGAGCCCAGGCGGUCAUCUGAACACAGGCCGAGGAAACGAAGACAACCCCGCCUAGAAACCGGCACCGGAACCCGGCUGGACCCGAAUCCAACCCGCUUAACCCGACUCUGAUUGUCUUGUGAAGGGGGCGUAGUGACAGACAGCAGACAUGGACACCACCACGUCCAUCAAGAUGACCACUCUGGCCAUCCAGAACCUGUUCAGCUAUGUGGAGGAGGAGAACCUGGCCGCCCUCAAAGCUCACCUGGACCGCUUUAAGGAGGUGGACGGACGCAGCGACAACGGGCAGACCCCUCUCAUGCUGGCGGCUGAACAGGGCAGUCUGGAGAUCGUCCAGGAGCUGAUCAGGAGAGGAGCUAAUGUCAACCUGGACGAUGUGGACUGCUGGUCGGCUCUGAUCAGUGCGGCUAAAGAAGGUCACAUCGACGUGGUGAAGGAGCUGCUGGAGAACAGUGCCUACAUCGAGCACAGAGACAUGGGCGGCUGGACGGCUCUGAUGUGGGCCGCUUACAAAGGACGAGUGGACGUCACCGAGCUGCUGCUGGAGCACGGAGGAAACCCCAAUACUACAGGACAGCAGUACAGUGUGUAUCCGAUCAUCUGGGCUGCAGGUCGAGGACACGCAGACAUCGUUAAAGUUCUGCUGGAUAACGGAGCCAAAGUCAACUGUUCUGACAAGUACGGGACCACUCCUCUGAUCUGGGCCUCCAGGAAAGGACACUUUGACUGUGUGAUGCACCUGCUGGAGAACGGCGCAGACGUCGACCAGGAGGGGGCGAACUCGAUGACCGCUCUGAUCGUGGCGGUGCGUGGCGGCUACACAGAGGUGGUUAAGGAGCUGCUGAAGAGGAACCCGAAUGUCAACAUGACGGACAAAGACGGAAACACGGCUCUCAUGAUCGCCGCCAAGGAGGGCUACACCGAGAUCGUCCAGGACCUGCUGGACGCCGGGACGUACGUGAACAUCCCUGACCGGAGUGGGGACACGGUGCUGAUUGGAGCAGUGAGGGGGGGUCAUGUGGAGAUCGUCAGAGCUCUGCUGCAUAAAUAUGCCGACAUCGACAUCAGAGGACAGGAGAAUAAGACGGCUCUGUACUGGGCCGUGGAAAAAGGAAACGCCACCAUGGUGAGAGACAUCCUUCAGUGUAACCCCGACACAGAGACCUGCACCAAGGACGGAGAGACACCGCUGAUCAAAGCCACAAAGAUGAGGAACAUCGAGAUUGUGGAGCUGCUGCUCGACAAAGGAGCCAAAGUGUCUGCUGUGGACAAGAAGGGAGACACGCCCCUGCACAUCGCCAUCCGUGGACGGAGCCGCCGCCUGGCUGAGCUCCUCCUCAGAAACCCCAAAGAUGGCCGCCUGCUGUACCGGCCCAACAAGGCGGGCGAGACGCCGUACAACAUCGACUGCAGCCACCAGAAGAGCAUCCUGACGCAGAUCUUCGGAGCGCGUCACCUGUCCCCCACGGAGACCGACGGGGACAUGUUGGGGUACGACCUGUACAGCUCCGCCCUGGCUGACAUCCUGAGCGAGCCCACCAUGCAGCCCCCCAUCUGUGUGGGUCUGUACGCUCAGUGGGGCAGCGGCAAGUCCUUCCUGCUCAAGAAGCUGGAGGAUGAGAUGAAGACGUUCGCUGGUCAGCAGAUCGAGCCGUUGUUUCAGUUCUCGUGGCUCGUCGUCUUUCUGUCUCUCCUGCUCUGUGGCUCUGCCGGGGUUGUCCUCGGCUUCACCGUCGACCCUAAGCUCGCCAUGGCCGUGUCACUCAGCCUGCUCGCCCUGCUCUACCUCUUCUUUGUGGUGGUUUACUUCGGCGGGCGUCGGGAGGGCGAGAGCUGGAACUGGGCGUGGCUUAUCAGCACCCGCCUGGCGCGUCACAUCGGGUACCUGGAGCUGCUGCUGAGGCUAAUGUUUGUGAAUCCUCCCGAGCUGCCGGAGCAGAGCACCCGGGCGCUGCCCGUCAGGUUCCUGUUCACCGACUACAACCGUCUGUCGAGCGUCGGAGGAGAGACGUCGAUGGCCGAGAUGAUCGCCACGCUCUCUGACGCCUGUGAGAGAGAGUUCGGCUUCCUCGCCACCCGACUGUUCAGAGUGUUCAAGACAGAGGAGACGCAGGGUAAGAGGAAGUGGAAGAAAACGUGCUGCGUCCCAUCCUUCAUCCUCUUCGUCCUCGUGCUCGCCUGCCUGCUCACGGGCAUGGCGCUGCUCGCCGUCUUUAAGGUGGACGGGGAUAACCACACGGUGAACGGCGUGCUGAUCUCCAUCGGCAGCGUGGUGGGCCUGGCGCUGCUGCUGAACGUCAGGACGUGGUGGCAGGUCACAGAUUCGGUGCUCAACUCUCAGAGGAAGAGGCUCCACGGCGCCGCCAACAGGAUGCACAAGCUGAAGAGUGAGGGCUUCAUGAAGGUGCUGAAGAACGAGGUGGAGCUGAUGGCGAGGAUGGCCAAGACCAUCGACAGCUUCACGCAGCAUCAGACGAGGCUGGCCGUGGUCAUCGACGGGCUGGACUCGUGCGAACAGGACAAAGUGCUGCAGAUGCUGGACACGGUGCGCGUGUUGUUCUCCAAAGGCCCGUUCAUCUCCAUCUUCGCCAGCGACCCUCACAUCAUCAUCAAAGCCAUCAACCAGAACCUAAACAGCGUCCUGCGGGACUCCAACAUCAACGGGCACGACUACAUGAGGAACAUCGUGCACCUGCCCGUCUUCCUCAACAGCAGAGGACUCUCUAGCGCCAGGAAGAUGUGUGCGCCGGCUCCCGCUAACGGGGACACGGCCACCGCAGACGGUUGGCAUGAGGAGUUGGACAGGAAGUUGUCUCAGCACAGUCUGGGAGAAUUGACGAAGUUUGGCAGCAAGACGACGCUCAACCGCAGGGACACGUACCGGCGGCGGCAGGUGCAGCGCUCCGUGACCCGUCAGAUGUCGUUUGACCUGACAAAGCUGAUGGUGACGGAGGAUUGGUUCAAUGACAUCAGCCCGCAGACCAUGAGGAGGCUGCUCAACAUCGUCUCUGUCACAGGUCGUCUGCUGCGAGCCAAUCAGAUCAACUUUAACUGGGACCGCCUGGCGUCCUGGAUCAACCUGACGGAGCAGUGGCCCUACAGGACGUCCUGGCUCAUCCUGUACCUGGAGGAGACUGACGGAGUCCCGGACCAGGCCACGCUGAAGACCAUCUACGAGAGAGUGUCCAAGAACAUCCCAACCACCAAAGACGUGGAGCCGCUGCUCGAGAUCGACGGGGACGUCCGCAGCUUCGAGGUCUUCCUGUCGUCCAGAACGCCCGUCCUGACCACCAGAGACAUCCGCACGUUCCUGCCCUGCACCGUCAACCUGGACCCCAAACUCAGGGAGAUCAUAGCCGACGUCCGAGCUGCUCGGGAGCAGAUGAAUAUAGGUGGGGUUACGUACCCGCCCCUCGCCCUGCAGGAGGCUCAGCCCCGCCCCACCUCCAUGUACUCUCAGGUGUCGUCGGCGUGCUCUCCAUCCGCCUCCUUCAGCGGACCGUUCAACCAACCAGGAGGGGGUGUGGUCUCCCCGCAGCCUCACAGCAGCUACUACAGCGGCAUGGCCGGACCGCAGCACCCCUUCUACAACAGGCCAUAUUUCCCCCAUCACCUUUACCAGCUGCCCCGCCCACUCGUGACCACCUCCUACACAUCACACCUCCAUCCACGCCCACCCCGCAAAAACUCCUUCAGCCGGGACGCCGUGGCACCUUAUAAGGUUUCAUCUUUAAAAAGGAAGCAGGGCUCCGCCUCCGUGGUGUCUGGCGUUCCCGCCAUCCUCCUCAGCUCCAUGACGACGGAGUCCGUCUGUGAGCGCGUGCGGCAGAUCGAAGGCAUCGACCAGAGCAUGAUGGGACAUUACAGCGCCACCAUCAGGAAGGCGAACGUGAACGGCAGAGUGUUGUCUCAGUGUAACGUCGACGAGCUGAAGAAGGAGAUGAGCAUGAACUUUGGAGACUGGCAGCUGUUCAGAGCCACGGUUCUGGACAUGCGGAUCAUCGAGAGUCAGGUGCUGCAAGAGGAAGCUGCCAGUGAGCAAGGCAGCGUGGUGGGCCGUCACACUGAGGCAGGAAGGAGAGCCGUGGCUCCGCCCCACGCCGGCGCCGCCAACACGGACGCUUCCCCGAUGUACAGUUUCAACCUGAGCUUCGAGGAGCUGAGCAACGUGGGAUUGGACGAGCCGGCACGUCAUGGCAACAUGCCGUGGAUGGGUGGCGCUCACAGGACUGCCAGCAUGACCAGCCUGAACUCUCAGGAGUCGUCCAACGACAUCGGCAAGCUGACCGACAAGCAGCAGUCCGAGUACCGCAACGCCUACCAGGAGUACAUCGCCCAGAUGGCUCAGCUGGAGAUGGGCGGCGGCGGCGGGGAGCGGCCCGUCCAACCACAGCCGGGUCAGUUCAUGACAUCAUCAUCAGAGGACAAGAACAAAGACGGCGGCGAGCAGGAUACGUCCAAGUCGUACAAUAAGAGGAGCAGCGGGAAACCGCCGGCAGACAACACGGACUUCGCCUCCAACGGGGACGCUCUGGAUCCAAUCACCGAGGAGGACGAGAAGGGCGAACACGGAUCCUCCAAGUCCCUGCUGACCCGCAAGACCUCAGCAGAGAGGGGCGGGCUGUUCCAGGGCGCCGCCGACCUGAAGCUGAAGGCGGCAGGCGGGCUGCGAUACCAGAAGCUAACCAGUGACGACGAGGAGUCGGAAGAGUCCGAUAACGCCCCGCUCCUCAAAGACGGGAAGAAGCUGGUCGACCACAAACUGCCCGGCGGCUCGCUCGCUCUGAAGGGGAAGGACUACCUGUCGGACGCCAUGUUGGACAAGAAGGACUCGUCUGACUCGGGUGUCCGUUCCAACGAGAGCUCGCCAAACCACUCGCUGCAGGACGAGGAGGCGGACCUGUCCCAGCUGGAGCGGGCCAACCUGAUCCAGCUGGACGAGGAGAGCCAGGCCAGGAAGUGCGGUGUUCCCAGCAGCCUCAGCGGCCUGCAGGACCCGGCGGUCGCCCGCAUGUCCAUCUGCUCCGAGGACCAAUGCAGUCUGCUCGCCAGCUCGCCCGAGGAGAGCUGGCCGUCCUCCAAGUCGUUCAACCUGAACCGCACACCCAGCAACGUCACGCUCAACAACAACACCAACGCCCAGCAUGGUAUCCACGGCAACCGACCCCGCCAACAAGCAGAGGGCUCCACCUCCUCCUCCUGCAACCCGACCUCCUCCUCCUCCAGCGACGCCAUCAUCUCCCCGAGCUCGGGCACCUCCACCACCUCCUCCACCGCCACCCGCCCCGGGCCCAACAACGAGAACGUGCGAGUGGUCCACCUGAAGAGGGGUCUGAAACCCGGCGACCCGACUGAGAUCUGCACCGUGUCCUCCGACACCGUCACCUUCGGCGAGGAGCGCGAGAGCAUCCUGUGACCUCAGCGUGACCCCGAGGGUCCACCUGGAGCCGAGUGGGACGAGUGCUGCUGAUUGGCUCAAAAGUUCUUAUCUUAGAUUUAGUGUGUCGCUGUGACUCGUAGUUUAAGUCUGCGGCGAGGUCGUCACGAUACACGAUAUCGAUACCUGUUUGUUACCACGGCAACAAAAAUAGAAGUUGUAUAAGCCAAUCAGAAAUCUAAAGUUCUGUCUUAAACAACAACGUACAUCGGGCAGGUCUUCAUUCCUGACCCUCUGUUAAGCCCCGCCCUCCUUGGUUACUGUUGCUAGGUUAGAUUUAAUCUCUAAACCGUUAAAAACACCUCAAGGUCUAAUCGAGUUUUAUUCAUAUUUAAUCGAUCACAGACGGCACGGCGUGCGAGGAGAACAUUUAGUGACGGCUAUCGUUACAUUUUUCAGAAAGGCGCCGUUGUUGACGUCAGCGGCGCUCUUUUUCUACAUUAAAGAUUUUUCCCGUAUCUGUGCGUUCUACAGAUCGUGUCUUGUACCCACUUCCUCCUCGCGCCGCAGUGUUGUCACACAGCUCUCUCACAGACAGGAUGGACGUGCAGCGCUUUUCUGAGAAGACGCCACGUGGACACGGGGCCUUAGAGUCACUCCCUGACCACCGGAUGUAGCCCGGCAACGGUUGCUAUGAGAGGGGCUCUCUGAUUGGAGGGUCAGCUGACCAAUCAGAGAGCCAACAAAGGGUUAAUAAAACAAACAUGCGGUGUCUAAAGUAUCGUAGAUCAUGACGACCUUUGACCUCGGACAGUGAAUCAGUGUUCAGCCUGCUGCAUGCUAACAGGCAGAGAAGUAGAUGAAGCUAACGUAGAAAACAAGAAGCUAACGUAGAAACCAGAAGCUAACGUGGAAACAAGAAGCUAACGUAGAAAACAAGAAGCUAACGUAGAAACCAGAAGCUAACGUGACGAUGCUGCAUGUUGUUGUUGUUGUUGUUGUUGUUGUUGUUGUUGUUUGUCGUCUUUGAUACGUUUGAUUUUUUGUCUGAACAUUCGGAGAGAGACGCAGAUUUUCACGCCGCCCCCUGGUGGUCGCUCUCUAAACUCUAAACGACCACUAGAUGGCGUUGUGAGACUGAUCCGUUACGGUGAUAUUUAGAACAUGUGGCGUGCGUGGCGUGAUAAGCUUUCUUUAAAGAGGUCAUAUUAUAUUUAAUGUAUGUACUAAAGUCUGUUCACACUUAUACAACCCAUAUAAACCAGUUUAAACCAGUAUAAACCAGUUUAAACCAGUUUAAAGAGGUCAUAUUAUAUUUAAUGUAUGUACUAAAGUCUGUUCACACUUAUACAACCCAUAUAAACCAGUUUAAACCAGUAUAAACCAGUUUAAAGAGGUCAUGUUAUAUUUAAUCUAUGUACUAAAGUCUGUUCACAACAGGGUUAGUGUUUGUCAUGUUUUCAUGUUUUCAUGUUCUGUCGCUCCGGCUCGCUUCUAACUUUCUCUUUAAGGCUCUGAAGCAGCUAAUGCUACAGCUAACAGGAGGACGUAGGAGAAGCUGCGUUUACACGGACUUUGAAUUUUUACACAUAGAUGUGUCUAAACAUGCACAGGACACUUUGAAAACACACUAAAGAGCAUAUAAAACCAGAAGAAGAAUAUGACCCCUUUACACCAGUAUAAAGCAGAGUUUAAACCAGUUUAAACCAGUUUAAAGCAGAGUAUAAACCAGUAUAAAGCAGAGUAUAAAGCAGUUUAAACCAGUAUAAACCAGUAUAAACCAGUAUAAAGCAGAGUAUAAACCAGUAUAAACCAGUAUAAAGCAGAGUAUAAACCAGUAUAAACCAGUAUAAAGCAGAGUAUAAACCAGUUUAAACCAGUAUAAACCAGUAUAAACUAGUAUAAAGCAGAGUUUAAACCAGUAUAAAACCAGAAAAAGAAUAUGACCCCUUUAAAACUUCAAAGCGCCGCAAGUUAAAAAAGUUUGAAGAAGCAUAAACAUGAGACGUCAUCGAGGAGCCGCAGAGUGAAGACGAUCUGAACGCCAUUUGAACUCCGACUGAAGUAUCAGUUCAGAUGUUGUGUUCGUGUGUCGUCUGUAAAUCUGCACACUCAGAUGUUGUGUUCGUGUGUUGUCUGUAAAUCUGAACGUUCAGAUGUUGUGUUCGUGUGUCGUCUGUAAAUCUGCACACUCAGAUGUGGUGUUCGUGUGUCGUCUGUAAAUCUGAACGUUCAGAUGUUGUGUUCGUGUGUCGUCUGUAAAUCUGAACGUUCAGAUGUUGUGUUCGUGUGUCGUCUGUAAAUCUGAACGUUCAGAUGUUGUGUUCGUGUGUCGUCUGUAAAUCUGAACGUUCAGAUGUUGUGUUCGUGUGUCGUCUGUAAAUCUGAACGUUCAGAUGUUGUGUUCGUGUGUCGUCUGUAAAUCAUGCUCUUUCAACAUGCUGAAGUGAAUUUAAUGUGUUGAUGUGAAAUAAAUAAACCUGGAUGUUGAACGUU